AAAAGAAAGAGCUUCACACCAUCAACAAUAAUGGCAAACAUCCACGAUCAUGUCUUCUCUGUUCUUUUUGGCCUUCUUGGAAAUAUUUUGUCUUUCCUAGUUUAUCUUGCCCCAUUGCCAACUUUCUACACGAUUUUCAAGAAGAAAUCAACAGAAGGUUUUCAAUCCAUACCAUAUUCAGCAGCACUUUUCAGUGCUAUGUUGUAUCUCUACUACGCUUUCCUCAAGAAACAUGACGCAUUCAUGCUCAUCACCAUCAACUCCAUUGGCUGCAGCGUUGAAUCCAUUUAUCUCUUCUUCUACAUGAUUUAUGCUACCAAAAGCGCCCGGAUAUACACGACAAAAUUGCUCAUAUUUUUCAACAUUGGGGCAUUAGGAUUAAUCAUACUUGUCACAUUCAUAUUUUCCAAAGGCUCUUCUCGAGUUUCCAUUGUGGGGUGGAUUUGUGCCGUCUUCUCUGUCUGUGUCUUUGCUGCUCCACUUAGCAUCAUUAGGUCAGUUAUAAGAACGAAGAGUGUCGAAUACAUGCCGUUUUCAUUGUCAUUCUUCCUCACUCUCUGUGCCGUAACGUGGUUCCUUUAUGGCUUUUCAUUGAGAGAUUACUACAUAGCAACACCAAAUAUUCUGGGAUUCAGCUUUGGGAUAACUCAGAUGAUACUGUAUCUGCUAUAUCGCGGCGGAAGAAAAGAAGUAAUCUUUCCGGAGAACAAGCCAAAAGAGUUAAUGUUGGCGGAGAGCAAGCCCCACGUAGAGCAAUUAGUAAAUUUUGGUGUCCAAAUGAUUCAGCCUCAAGAAGUUGCCAUCAUGAAUAAUGAAGAUGGAGGGAUAAUGAUUAGCAAAUCACAAAUUGUCCCAAGUGAACUCAACGUGUGAACCCUUAAUCAAAAAAGAGCAAUGAACUAAUUGCUAUUCAG